AUGGAUGAAUUUGGAGCAAAGUACGAGUGUUUGUUCUUUGAUAUGGACGAUACGCUAUACCCUUUGAGCAUUGGAAUCAACUUAGCUUGUCGACACAAUAUCCAAGGAAAAGAGUCUAACGUUAUUGAAUCUUUGUAUAAACUCUUUAAUUAUAUACUAAUUAAUAUUAUAUUGUUCUUAUAUGCAGAGUUCAUGCUUAACCAACUAGGAAUCAAAGAGAGUGAGGUUCCAAAGAUGUGUCUUGAUCUUUACAAAGAAUAUGGAACCACCAUGGCUGGUCUCAAGGUUAUGGGUUAUGAGUUUGACAACGAUGAGUUCCAUGAAUAUGUCCAUGGAAGACUUCCCUACGAGAAACUAAAACCUGAUCCCAUUCUCCGCAACCUUCUUCUCUCUAUGCCUCACCGUAAAAUCAUCUUUACUAAUGCAGACAAAGCUCAUGCAACAAGAACACUUAACCGUUUGGGUCUAGAGGACUGUUUUGAAGGAAUCAUUUGCUUUGAAACACUAAACCCUUCUUCAGAUACAACCACUCAAAUCCUCUGUAAACCCUCUGUUCAAGCCUUUGAAGCAGCCAUUCGCAUAGCAGACAUCGUUGAUCCACGCAAAACGAUGUUCUUUGAUGACAGUGUUCGUAACAUCGCUAGUGCUAAAGCAGCAGGUCUCAAAACAGUGUUCGUUGGUGAUUCAGUGAUAGUUCCAGGUGCAGACUAUGCACUAAGCAGCAUUCACAAUAUUAAGGAAGCUAUACCUGAUCUAUGGGAAGACAACAAAGAUGAGAAGAAGGUGGAGACAAUUGUUCAGCAAGUGGCGGUUGAAACCAUGGUUCAAGCUUAA